AUGGGUGGUGGCAGUCUCACCUACUUCAAAAGCCUCGCAGGCUUGGCAGCAGCAGCAACGACCACUGCGGCGAUGGCCCCAGCCGGAGCAGCAGCGGAUUUCUUCAAGAUGCCUCUCUGCGGCCGCAGUUUCCGGCUCGAGGAAGCGAACAUUGAUGACAUGCAAAAGGCGAUGGGCAACGGAACCGUGACAGCCGUGCAGCUCGUCGAGUGUUAUGCGCAAAGAGUACUGCAGACUGACGAUUACAUCAAUCUCACUGCCUGCCUCUUCCGGAUGAUGGAGAAGUUGACGGCUGCCGUACCUAGCUCGUUACUCGAAUUCAACCCGGAUGCUCUGGACAUUGCAGCCAAUCUUGACCGGGAGAGGAGGGCGGGAAAGGUCCGUGGGCCGAUGCAUGGGAUUCCGUUUACCGUCAAGGAGAACAUCGGAACCAAGGAUAAGAUGGAGACCACGGCCGGAUCCUGGGCGCUUCUGGGCUCCCGAGUGCCGAGAGACGCAUUUGUGGUCAAGAAGCUGAGGGAAGCAGGAGGCGUGCUGCUGGGCAAGGCGACGCUCAGCGAGUGGGCGGAUAUGAGAUCGAACAAUUACAGCGAAGGCUACAGCGCACGGGGUGGACAGGCCCGGUCUCCCUACAACUUCACCGUCAACCCCGGCGGAAGCAGCAGUGGGAGCGCGAUUGGGGUGGCAGCUAACGCGGUGGCAGUGUCUUUGGGAACGGAAACCGAUGGCUCUGUCAUCAAUCCUGCCAUGAGGAAUUCGGUUGUCGGCUUCAAGCCCACCGUGGGACUGACUUCGAGAGCUGGAGUUGUUCCCGAGACGGAGCAUCAAGACACGGUGGGCACAUUUGGGCGCUCCGUGCGAGACGCCGUCUACACGCUUGACGCCAUCUACGGGAAGGACCAACGAGACAACUACACACUUGCGCAGCAAAGUCCCAGGGGUGGUUACACGCAGUUUCUGACCAACAAGAGAGCUUUGAGGGGCGCGGCAUUCGGACUGCCCUGGCAGUGUUUCUGGCGGCACGCUGACCCAGAGCAGCUGAGGCAGUUAACUGCGCUGCUCGAUUUGAUCAAGGAGGCGGGUGCCACCAUCAUCAACGGGACCGAGAUCACAGACUACGGGACCAUUGUCAGUCCGGAUUGGUGGGACUGGGACUGGGGUACGAGAAGAGGCUAUCCGAACGAAAGCGAGUACACUGUUGUUGCUGUUGACUUUUAUAACAACAUCAAUACAUACCUCUCCGAAUUGGAUAACACUGACAUCAGGUCACUCGAAGAUAUUGUACAAUACAAUUACGACAACGAUGGCACUGAAGGAGGAAACCCGUGGCCAUUGGGAAAUCCCGCCUUCUACUCUGGCCAGGAUGGUUUCCUGGCUUCAUUGGCGACCAAGGGCAUCCAAGAUGAGACAUACUGGCAGGCUCUCGAAUUCACACAGACAAAGACUCGCAAAGGCAUAGACGAUGCUCUGAACUACAAAGGCAAGAAGCUCAAUGGUUUGUUGGUCCCACCCGCUGUUGGCCAGAGCUAUCAGAUUUCUGCUCAAGCUGGAUAUCCCAUCAUCACUCUGCCUGCCGGGAUUCAUUCGGCCUCGGGAAUGCCGUUCGGACUGGCCAUUCUGCAGACGGCAUGGGCUGAAUCAGAGUUGGUCAAGUUUGGAUCGGCCAUUGAGGAUUUGCAAAAGACCACGGCCGGGAACCAGUAUAAACGGUCUUUUCCUACUUGGGAGGGCUACAAGAAGAAGCCGAUCCCAUUGUUAAAUAUCUACGAGGGAUCGGAUUGA